GCCCGUCCUUUCGUCGAAGAGUCGGUGAAGUUUGAAGUUUUCACAAGGUGAUCGUGAAUCUUUCUUGGGUUUCGAUCCAUUUAGACUUUUGCUUUCACACUAUUCCUCUCCGUCCAAAGAAAAGUAGUCGAGGGUUUCAUUGUGUUUGAUUGAGAAAAUUGUUGUCCUUCUGUUGUUGGUGCUGUUCCAGACUUCAGUUUUAGAGAAAUUAUGAAUUACUCAGUGGAUGUCGCGGAGUCGACGGAGAUCUCAUCGGUCGGAGAUUAUGAAGCUCCAUUACUGUUUGGGCUAUCGAGGGUUUCAGACCGGCCCUUCGGCGAUUAUUCGGAUGCAUCACCAGAAAAGGAGGUUGGGGCGAGCGAUAAGUUUUACUUCCCUAUAUCUCAGUUCGAUGUGAAUGUUUUCCCCCGAAAAAUCGAGUAUUUACUGAUCGCGAUGUGCAGUGAAUUACCGGAGAUUUCAAGGUCUUGGUGGCGUACUUUGUAUUCUCCGACCAACUUUGGUGACUGUAAACAAUGCAAAACUAUGGAAUUAGCUCGCGUGUCCUCCUCCUGCAAUUUACCACUUCUCGAUACUUGCCCACCAAAGCAACAAGUAUUUGAAGUGAAAAUAGCUCACAAGUUCUCCUCCCGGAAUAACGCAAAUCUUGAUACUUGCUGUCAAAAGAGAGUAGUAGCAAAUAGCGCGAUUGGCAUUUUAUCUGAAAUGAACCCCCGAAAAAUCGAGUAUUUACUGAUCGCGAUGUGCAGUGAAUUACCGGAGAUUUCAAGGUCUUGGUGGCGUACUUUGUAUUCUCCGACCAACUUUGGUGACUGUAAACAAUGCAAAACUAUGGAAUUAGCUCGCGUGUCCUCCUCCUGCAAUUUACCACUUCUCGAUACUUGCCCACCAAAGCAACAAGUAUUUGAAGUGAAAAUAGCUCACAAGUUCUCCUCCCGGAAUAACGCAAAUCUUGAUACUUGCUGUCAAAAGAGAGUAGUAGCAAAUAGCGCGAUUGGCAUUUUAUCUGAAAUGAAGGAUGGAUUUGAAUGUGAAGAGGAAUUGAACGAUUAUGGGAACACUCCAUUACAUGUGGCUGCCAGCAAUGGAGAUCUAGAGAUCCUGAUAAGCCUAAUAGCGAGAAAUGCAAACGAAUGUCUUCGACGGGACAAGCAUGGCGGAACACCUCUCCACGCGGCGGCGAGGAGAGGCAGAGUGGAGGCCUUGAAGGUAAUUCUCGAAGCAUGCCCUAAGACAGUGAAAAUGGUCACUGUACCAGGGGAGAACUGUCUUCACACCGCGGUUUUGUAUAAUCAAGUUGGAGCAGUCAGGUUCUUGGUGGAAUGGCUUGAGAGAAAUAGGGAAUACGCCCAUCUCAUUAACGGGAAGGAUUACGAUGGAAAGACGCCUCUGCAUCUGGCCAUUUCAAGAAAACAAAUCCAGACGUUAAAAGUUUUACUCACCCGCAAUCAAAGUACUAGUGAACUGGUAGAUGUGAAUGCCACUAGUUGUGGCGGAUUUACUGCUCUGGACAUCCUGGAUGUUCUAGAGUAUUCUCAGAGUGUUGAUGUAGAAGUUUACAAUAUCCUUCAUCAAGCUGGAGCCUUGAGAGCCCGAGAUCUUGCCAAUCGUGAUUCCAACCAGUACGCCGCUCAGGAUGACAAAAGGAAGGGGUUGAAGACAACAGAUAAAAGCAGUAUUGUGCCUUCCAUCAGAGUGGCAAAUCAUCACAUGUUGUUGCUGAUGGCCACCAUGGUAACAACAAUUACCUACCAAGCAGCACUUCAUUCCCCCGAUGGCACAUUUAAAGCGCACUACUCAUAUAACUACACUUCAAAUGGCAGCAACCUUCAACUGAAGAAACAGGAGUCGAUCAUAACACAAUCAUUCCUGUUGUUCAAUUCCAUAGGGUUUGUUGGGUCAUUGGCUGUGGUUAUCUUUCUCCUACAUGAAUUCCCAUUAAAACCAUGGCCACAGAUCACGGUGUCGAUGCUGUUUGGAUCCUACAUGUGCUGCAUAAUGUCUAUCUCGCCCAAUGAAGCCUGGUUUCUGCUCUUUUUUGCAAUUCCCUUUUUAUUGUUGGCAGCAGCAGGAAAGCUCAUUGGCCUUGGACGACAAAAGGCUUUUGAAUGA